AUAUCUGUAUAAAUUAAUGCAUAGCUACAAAUUGUGACAAUUCUAGUAUAAAUAUCUAUUGUCUAGAUUUUCUUAGAGGAAACGUGGUUUUUUUCUUUCAAGGAACACGUUACCUCAUAUCAUUAUAAAUACCAGUUGAUUCUUAUAAAUCUCAUUUAAAAGGGUAUCUACAGGUCGACUACCUUAGAAAAAGGGGUACUAAGGAGCAAAGGUUUCAAAGACUAAACUUUAAAGUUUGGAUCACGGAUUUGUACGUCUGCAAACAAUGGUAGCUCAUCCUAAGAAGAGUACAUACAGGUCUUCUGCUAGCCUCAUAUUGGCUGCCAAAGAGGAUUCCAACAAAGAUUAUGACUACAGUUUACUUUUGAUUAAACGCACCGAGAGCACAUCCUAUACCAUUAAUCACUGCGUCUUUCCUGGAGGCGUGUUUGAUCCCCGAGAUGAUGAAUCUUCCGAGUGGUUGAACUACUUCCGCUCCUUCGGAGUAACCGCUGAGCAGUUGAAAAUGCUUACCCAAGAUCAGCAGUCUCCUAGGCCGCAGUUCCUCUCUGGUGGGCAGCACUUUUCCAGGGACAUCGCCUUAAGGUUGACUGCCCUCAGGGAAGCCUUCGAGGAAGUGGGAAUCCUGAUUUGUUUAAACCGUGAUUGCCUAAAUAAUUGGGACGACACCGCAAAGACGCCAGCAACACGGACUUUAACCUUGGAACCCAUCAGUGAUCGCUCUGAAUGGCAAAGUCGUGUUCACAAUGAUGCCUCGCAAUUUCUGGAGCUGUGUAAACAUUUUAAUGUAAUACCCAACUUGUGGGCCCUUCACGAGUGGUCUGUUUGGCGUACAGCGGCCACGGCCAAUCGUAAGUAUGAUACGGUUUACUAUGUUGCCACGCUAGAUAAUCAUGCCAAAAAUGUGAGCCUGCUUCUGGAACCGCAAGAGGUGGCUUCAGCUCACUGGAUGAGCCCAAAAGAGGCCUGGUCCCGCUCCCAAGACGGCUCCAUUUGGCUGCCUUUUAUGCUGCUGUACGACACGGCUCGACUGAUGAAUUUCCACAGCUGGCAGGAGCUGGCCGACUUUUCUCGCCAUCGGAGCACGUGGGGCGGCACAAUGGUGCAACCCGUCUACUAUCGCUGCGAUGAAUGCAUGUUCGGAGUGCUUCCUGGAGAUGAACUGUACCCUAGCGAUCCCGGCGCUUGCACACAAACUAUCAUCCUGCCCGAAUCAUUACAGGACCAACAUCGCACUGCCAAGCGAUACAACCGCUAUAUCAUCUACGACUUCCAUAAGGUAGUGCUCGCAUCCAAUGUUCCGCCUAUCGAUGGUCAUCUGCAGCUGCAACCACUAGUCAACACAAAGUUGGCAAAGUUAUAGUGUGGAAAAUAUAUUUAAUUUUAUAUAUAA